AUGGCCCCGUCCUCCACUACUGCCGCCAAAGCUCCGUCGUCGACGGGCGGCAAGGGACCCGUCAAGGCGCCGGCGACCAAGGCCGUCAAGAGCAAGCCGCCUACGGCCGAUGGCGGCCCGAAGAAGAGGAAGAAGGCCCGCAAGGAGACCUACUCGUCCUACAUCUACAAGGUCCUCAAGCAGGUUCACCCCGACACGGGCAUCUCAAACAAGGCCAUGCUCGUCCUCAACUCGUUCGUCAACGACAUCUUCGAGCGCAUCGCGACCGAGGCCGGCAAGCUCGCGUCGUACAACAAGAAGAAGACGAUCUCGUCGCGCGAGAUUCAGACGGCUGUUCGCCUGAUCCUCCCCGGCGAGCUGUCGAAGCACGCCAUCUCGGAGGGCACCAAGGCCGUCACCAAGUUCUCGGCGUCGACGUGA